CUGUUACAUCGCAUUACAAAAAAUACGUUUCGGUCAUUCUACUUAACCCCUUGUCGUACUUUGACGAGUCUGACUCGCGAUGAAGAUUUUCGCCCAAACGUAAGUAUCACGAGCCAGGCUCGUAAACAAAUAGUCGGGUGAAAUAUAAACAUCAGUUUUCGGCCCUAGUUUCGUCGAGCUAAAUGGUACGAGAAGGGGUUAAUUUGCUUAUCUGAAGUUUAAAGUUACAUUGCGAUUCACCUUCCUACAUAAUUCGUUGACAUUUUCCUGCGUCGUUUGAUUUCACCCGCGUAAAGUGCGCGCGUCGGCGCGUGAGGCGACGAACGCGCGCAACCAACACAACCCUGAAAGUUCGAUCAGCAUAGUCCCUAUGUUGGACUGACCGAAUCGACGAAAACAAUAAUUUUGUAGAGAAGCGGUCGCUAAAUAUAGAAAUCACAGCGCCGUAAAGAACCACGACAGGUGACGGUUCUUUGCGUCCUUCGUCAGCCUUCGUCGUAGUUGACGGUGACAUACGGGUCUCCUGGUGGUCCAAAUCAUGCAAAACUCGACUCUUCUGCGAAACAACACCGAGAGACCCUCGGCGAUAGUGUGCAUCGCGUAUCGUGUGCGUAUAAUUAAACGACAAGAACGAUAAAAAAAAAAACGAGCCUUGUAUCGCAGUGGUGCUCGCACUUGACAGCUCAGUGUUAGGAAAAAUGUAAAAAAUCACUGUAUAUCCGCGUGUGCAUACUCUUCCAGACCGAUCCGUCGAAAUGACGUACACGUUUAACCAACGAAAGGAAGACAAAAAUAUUGAACGAAUCCCUUUUUUGUUUGAACAAUUCGCUUGUCGUACGGUUGCCUCUAACAAGACUUCCGGUUGGAAAUGGGCGAUUCACGUAUUCUGCAAAUAUGUAAAUAAUUGUCUGUCGAUGAUGUGACCAGAUUUACGAAAAAAAACGGGAGAUUAAUAAAAAAUUGGAAUUUGUCAAUUACUUCCUGUUGCGACGAAUAUUUUUUAUAUGCUAUUAGCUACGAGUUCAAGAUCCUACCGAGCAACCGAAAGUGGACGAAACAAACCAAGAGAACAAGCAAAACAAUGCUAUCGUUAAAAGAAGUAUUACAGAUUUAAGAAUCAACUCCAUGGAAAGUUUCUUCGAGUUGUCCAAAGAAAUGGCGGAAUCUUUCAGGUUAUUUUUAGACGAAUUAAAAGUUCGAUUCGAACAAUUUCGUGAACAACCGCUGAACAUAUUAGAAUUAUUGUCGUUGUCUAAUCUGCACAAAUGGACUCAACGCGAACAAUAAAUAAAACAGUGGGAAAGUAUUGACUUUUUUUAUAGAUUAAUAUAUAUAUAUAUACAUAUAUAUAUAAAACAGGAUCGGAAGAUUUAUAAUUUUAUUUAGAAGCUUAAGGAGACCCGAAAACUCGGAUAACGACCAACAUUUUUGUUUUAACUUAAACGAAACUAUUUAUGUAUUUGUGAACGUUUCACAAGCCCAGUGUUCAUAUGUAAACUAAAAGUACAUACUAUAAUUUUGUUUCGGUGAAAAAUUUCUUCGUAAAAAACUCUUUUAUUUGUAAAUAUAAAGAAAUACAUUGGUGGUAUACGGAGAACCUAAGCAAAAGACAAAUCUAAAGCAAAUCGAUGUCGUCUUUCUCGACAAAUUAUGAAAAUAUUUCCUCCAGAAAUGCUUCAAACUGCUCUCUCCUCGAUAAAGUGAGAUCAAAAUACGGGUCACCUUAAAUAAUUACUAUUAAACACGAUAUAGAUGUUCAAGGUCGCAAAGUUGUUCUAAUAAAAUGAGAAAUUAACGACGGAACAAUCGAUUGUCAUUUGUUUUUUUAAGAUACCCUCAAAAAAUAAAUUAAAUGCCUGAUUAAUUUGAAUACGUUUAAAUCUUGUACGUAACCGUUUUAAACUGUUACGGGUAACAAUGUUUUUCUUCGACCAUGUGUAUGUCGUGAUGCCAGAGCUGUAGCUACAGAAGACUACGCGUGGUCCUAAUAUUUUCAUCAUCCUUUGAAGCAACUAAGGGGGCCAGUUUUAUGGUCGUAUUUGAUACAUCACUGGCGCCACAGAUACAGUGCGAAUGCGCGAGUGGGGGCUAACCUAGCAUCGCUGGUUCAUUAUCAACACAGUCGCCAUGUUGGAUGCGCAUCGUUACCGCCAAUAUACUGCGAUCUAAUAAAUUCGUUCUUUUCGUCGAAACCACUAGGAUAGUUAACUUUUUUUUUUAGACUUAUAAUCGUUUCGUUUUCGAAUACAGAGAGCACUCGACGAAUUCUCUCGUAUGUUUACAUCUUUGUUUCCACUGUGUUAGUUGUAUGUCACUAUGCCAAACCAAUACUGUUUUCUAUGUGCGAGCGACGAAGGUGUUUUCUUGGAUAUCACCGCCGACAACAAGAAACAAUAUCAUGAACAAUUCGAGAUUUGCUCACUCGUCACGGUACCCACAGCAGAUAAAUUGCCAACCAAAAUUUGUCACAAAUGCGCAUACGAGUUAAAACAGUGCAGUUCGUUUGUAAGGAAAUACAAACAUUGCACUUCUAUGCAAAAGAAACACAAUCGCAAGUAUUGUUGUAAUUUAUGUUUCGAAUCUACAGAGAAGGAGUACAUCUUUAAUCUUAGUAAAGAUAAAACUUCGGAAAACAAUAUACUUUCCAAACUACAGAAGCUUUUUGACAAUGAACCUGAAAAAUCUGAGGGAGAACGCAUGCUUAUAUGUUUGUCCUGCCGAUAUACAGUGGACGUGUUAUUUGAUUUGAAGAAUAUAUCUCAAGAAAUCGCAACAAACCUGAAUAAUAUACUUAAGGGAGGAAUAGAUUAUGUAAACUUUCCUAAGAUAAAAACAGCCAUUGUAAGUCGUAAAACCACUGUCACCGAUUCUGCUAGAACAAACUUUUACACGUUACAAGAUUCCAAUACAAUGGCGCGUAAAAGAUCUCGGAUGAAUGAUUCGAACGAUAACAAUUUAAAUGAAAAAUUAAAACUGCAGGUCUGCGAGAAAUGUCACAGUUCCGUUAGCGAUAACGACGCCAAUAUCCAGAAACUUAAGAAUACAGAACAAAUUGUGUGCAAAAGCUGUUCGGUGGAUACGAAUCUCGAAACAAAUAAAAUUGACAAGCAAUCGAGUUUCGCGGAAACCAAAUCCUGCACAGUUUUCUUAAAAGACGUGUUAAGAGACAAGACGGAAAAUCAACGAAAGCUUUACGAAGUCAAAGAAGAUAGGAAGGGUAAAAAGACAUACGUCGUAACCGACAACACAUUGGAGAAUAGUAAAAAGGAAGUAGAGGCGUCCUCUAAAGUAAUUAACGAUGUAGAAAUUAUUACAGGAAAGCAAGGUGUAAAACGUUCUUUAAGACAUAUGAAAACUGAUACUACCGAUAACAAAGAGAGCCUGAGUAAAAAACUAAAACCCAGUACGAAACAAGUAAAUUUAGAUUCUAAGUUAACAUCAUCGAUAGAGGAGCCUAUCGCGAGAAAGUUAAGAUUACGUGUACCUAAAGCUGGAAUGAAGGAAGCUAAUAGAAGUUCUGAGUCAGAUUCUUCCAUAAAUAACAGCGUCAAAGGAAGGAAAAAUACUCUAACUAGGCAUAAGCGAGCAACUGGAUCCUCUUUGUCCGAUGCAGACAUUGACAGUAAACGCGAUCGUAAGAAGCUGAAAAGUAUAUUGGCGGGAAACACUGUAAUACAAAAUUUAAGCAUAACAUCUUCAGCUGAUGACGAUGCGCCGAAGAGGAAGAGAUUAAGAUUUACGAGCGCUUCGCCUGUUAUGAUUGAUCUAACCAACAAAAACGUCACGCAGGAAGUCUCUCGAAGGAGGACAGCGAUGCGAAAUUUAAAACUAUCUUCGACAAAAGGAACGCCGAAAAAUUCGAAAGGCUACGACUCUGUUAUCGAGAUAUCUUCGGAUGAUAACAGCGAGACGUACGCUUGCGAAGAGUGUGGAAGUAAUUAUGAAAACAAACUUGUGUACAUGUCACACAAGUUGACACAUUACAAACAGCCGAAACUGGAAUUAGAGAAAAUGGUUAUCAAAAACAUAGUAAAAGAUACGUCAGAUGUAAAAGAAGCUGUAGAUGACGAGUGUAUACAAAUUAGAGUAGACGACGACGAAGAUGACGAAAUAGUGGAUGUUGUAAAUAAUUUGGAUGCGAGUCCUGUUACAAACGAUCGACCUCGUUCUUCUACGGAAGAAAGAAUCGAGAAUACAGUUGACGUAGAGUCUAUAACGAAAGAUCCUGACGAUCAGCAAAACGAGGACGAAGUUAAGAAAGCAGAAGACCAAAGAGCUGUAGAAACAUCUACGACCAACUCACCGAGUAAAGUCAGAACUUCUUCGAGGAGGGGCAGAUUUUUGAACCAGCAAAACCAGCACGAGCAGACAAACGAAAGGAGGAACAAUGUCAGUCUCAGUCCCAGUGGAUCUCAGAAAGAAGACAAUGCGAGUGCAGAAGAAAAUCACGAUACUUCGCUCGAGCAGACAAAAGAUGCAGAGCUAAAGAAACAUCAGGAAAGUCCACUUACGCAAACAGAAAAUGGCGAAAUCGAUCAAAACCAAGAUAAGUCAGAUUCACCGACAGAAAAUGCUUCAGCGAAAGAAAAUGAAGACGGUUCGCUUACGCAACUCGAAAAUACGGAAACGGAAAAAAACAAGGACAUUUCGCUCGAAACGACCAAUGGUCCACAGGCGGAAGAUGUGCAAGAUAAAGAAAAUGAAGAAAGCAAUGAGAGCAGAGUAGGUGAAAAAAUUACAGAUGCAGAAGAAGGCAAAGAAAAACAAAAAAAGAGUGAAGAUAUCGACGGCGAAGAAGAAAUUGUAUGUACACGGCAAGAUAUUGAAACAAGUGAUAAGGAAAAUGAAAGUAAUGAUAAAGAAAAUGAAACUAAUGAUAAAGAAAGUGAGAUAAGUGACAAAGAAAAUGAAACUAAUGAUAAAGAAAGCGAGACAAGUGAUAAAGAAAAUGAAACUAAUGGUAAAAAGAGUAAAACAAUUGAUAAAGAAAAUGAAACAAUUAACGAAGAAAAUGAAACUAAUGGUAAAGAAAAUUCAAUCGAAUUAGAUUCCACUAAGGUGGUUGAAGAUAUUGCAGAUGAGGAAGAAGUAGAUUCUUCUAAAACGAUUGAACACACGAGGACAGGGGACGAGUUGACUGAUGGAGACUUGGGUAUCAUCGACGAGAGUAUAUCGGAAAAUGCAGCGAGUAAAAUGGCGCCCAACAGCGCGGAAAAGAUAGAGAUCAGCGACGAGAAUAAAGAUGAUGAGGUACAGUGUACGCAAGAGGAUGUGGUAUCGAUAUCCAGUGAGAAGAGCACAAGUAACAACGAUGGGAAGAUAGUCGAGAAGGAUCUCACGGAAACGAGCACUGCGAGUCCAAGAAAAUCGAAGAACGAUUCCACCGACGCAGCAGUGGAAGUGUUGCAAGAAGUUCUCGAUUUGGCGAAUGCAGAGGUCCAGAAACGUCAAGAAUUCGUUGAUGUUACCAUCGAACAAAAUUCAAGCGAAAUGGAAACUUUGGAAAACAUAUCGCGUGAAAUAAGCAACGGCGGAGGGGCUCUCAAAGAAAACAGCGUGACCGUUUCUCUAUAAAUCGUAUAUUGGUCUUCGUAAACCGUGAACAGGUUUUGCAACAGAUAUUCUACAAACUUUUAUAUGAAAUUCAUUUCUUUAACAAUUAUGUCCACCCAGCACUAACAUAUUACAAAAGAAGAGAAUCUCUAAGACUGACUUGUUCUUUGAUCAUUGCUAUCCCCACUAACUGAGGAUCUCCUUCGAAACCAGUGAAGCAUUGAACGACGACGUGGGUCAAGAGAUCUAAAGACGACACUGUACAUGUUCUGUACAGUGGACAGGUACUGGAAACGCGUUUUUACCAGUACAGUAUUUACACAUGCAUAUAUUGGUUAAUCAUUUCAGAGCCAGUUCGCAACGUGAUCAAAUAAAGAAAUUAAGGAAUAUACAUUUUUUGAUGUCACGAGCAAUAUCGGAAAUGGAUCAUUUAGGCAUUCUAUGAAAGGAUAUACAGGCAUUUAAGUAGGCAUUACUGAGACAAAUUGAAAUAAGGAUUAUUAUUGUUUGAGUGGGAGUAUGUAAAUUGUGUGUAUACAGCCGGAAGAUCUGAGUAAAAGUACAUUAAAAAAUUAUAUAAAUUCAAUUUAAUUUAAAAAUCUUAUACAAGAACGUUCAAAAAUUGACGUGAUUUAAAGAAUUUACAUUCUCCCAUUUUUUUAUUUAAGUCGAUAAAUGCCCAUAUGUCGCUUAAAAAAAAAACUUCGUUUUUUCUUUAAGUUUGUUUAGGAAUCUAGAAAUCCAGUAUUAUUCCGUUCUCGUAAGACAUGAAUGUGUUCAUAAUCGAAAGUUAAAAUUAUUAAUAUAUUAAAUAUCGAGGAUAAGAGACAAAUCCCGACUUUCGAAAUUUCAUAAUGUCAUUUUUACAUUCAUAUAUAAUAUCAGAAAGUAUUUAUUGCACGUUAUUUUAAUUUUGUGACUCAGUCAGCUCAUCGUUUAAGAGUGACUGCGACUGUGGGAUCGUGCCCUCCGAAGUUUCAUAAUGCAUCUCCAAGUCUGACCUCUCAGCUGAAACGUAGACGCACGUGAAUUAAAUCAGAAACACUGAUUCGUUGUAUAGUAUAGCGUCGAUAUGUACUACUGAUAAAAUUGCAGUACUGUUAAAAGUAGGAAAACUGUGGCCAUAUUCCGAUACCGCAGUAGGCGAACGUUGUAAAUACUUCUACAGCGAGUCGUAGAUGUACUCUGUCAACUGGUAAUUUGGAACAAUUUAUAUAUUUUUAAAGGCAAAGUGUUACGUUAUCCUUGAUGUAUAAAUGUAUAUACUGUACUAAUUAAACCUUCGAUUGAUAUAAACUCUCGCGAAAAGUAACAAUUCGGUGCAAUUCCAAAAACGAAUUAGAAGGUAUUGGUUUAUAGUAACCAAACUGUUUGCUCUAUUAGCUUUCCUAGGUUCUUUUAAUUUAAUUUAUAAAGUAGCUAUGACAUUAGCUAGAGUGAUAGGAUUAAAUUUACAGUCAAAGGAAUUUAUACAAGGGAAAUAUAUAUUUCAAAUGUAUAAACAACGUAUGUACAAAUAUAUAAACAUAAAAUAUUUUUAACGUUGAUAUCAAUCGGAACUACUCUAAUUAAUACAAUCUAUCAUCGUACUAAAAGGAGUUCAGAUAACGCGUAUCCUGAAAGGAUAUAGACAAUCUGAAGUCAGCAGUUGAGGAGGAUAUCUUUUGUGGCUCGCUGUUAAUACUCGCGAUGUUUAUAUAAAAAGAGUGUAUGAAAUAAUUUGCGGGUAAAGAAAAAAAAAAAGAAACGAUCUUGUAUAUUACUGUAUAUUUGUGUACGACUAUAUUUCUUUGUUUACCGUGUAUCUCGUCGGUCCAGAACGGUUCUCUGCGUCCUUUCCAAAGGCAUAUCUUCGAAAUGGCGUCUUUGUCGUGUUCACCGCAUCGCGAGAUCAACUCGAAAAACUUCUCGAUUCUUUCUUGUCCUGCGAACAAACGGAUAUGCAUUACGGUACACGAGUUCUCGUUUUUUUUUUUUUUUUAUGGUAGUUAAGUACUUGAUCGUCAAGGAUGAUUUCGAUGUAGAAUAUGGUACAUUUAUAGAAACUGCUAGACUGUGUAAAAUAGAAUAAAAAGAGUAGCCGUAUUUCUAAACUGUUCUAAGUUUUAUUUAACGUCAAUCGAAGUACGCUGUUCCCCAUUUAAGACAUAUUUUGACGAUACCGAAUGUUUCAUACGAAUAUUUCGUAAGUGAUUUAAGGAUAGUUGCUUUUCGAACGCCGUGCGAAUUUUUAUAAGAACGCGUUAGUUUAUAUCGAUAGCGUAAGCAUUUUUGUAACACGCUACCUGGAUGUUUCUGGGCGUUCACUGUUCUUAAAUAAAUCAGUAUUUUAAAGAUACCUUUUAUGACAACGACAUUCGUUUCAUUUCUAAAGGUUUCAUUUGAUUCAAUUUGAACAAGAGUCAAAGAAAAUCGACUCUGUCACGCGACUUGCGAAUUCCGGUAGUAUGUUACGAGAAUGUUUAUAUUUUUUACGAAGAAUUACGAUACAUUCAUGUACAUACGUGUCUCUAUAAAUACUGUGUACUCGUUUAAGAGAACAUCCCAUGUAAGAACUGUUCGAUGUAAAUUAGCGUACAUAUUUGCCAUAAAUAAUUCUUAGACAUUUUUGAAAUGUACAAUUAUUUUGAUACGUUAAUUGUUAGACAUAAAUACUUAUUCCUAUGAUAUUUUAAUGGUUUGUGAAUGGAAGCGUUAACAAGAAACACUAGGAAGAUACCUUUAGAGAUGCCCGCGAUACUUCUGGCGCGAUCGGCUUCGCGGGACAGACCGAGUUUAUUGUAAAUAUGCAGAGCGCUUUCCAAGUGUGAAGUAGAUAUAGUUAAACUACCCUGUACCAAUGAACGAAAUAGCGUUGGAACAUUUUGUUUGAUUAGACUAUUUAAUUUGUUUGCACAGUACAAGUUCCGUAUAAUUUUAUCGUUUAACUUUGUCAGACUGGCGUGUAGGUUUCACAAACCAUCAAUUUUUCAAUGAAAUUUCACGUAAAGUCGAAAAUGUUAAGUAGUCGUGGCACAGAUAAAUAAUUAGAUAAACAGGGCGAGUCACCUAAGAUUUGUGCCUAAAAUAUCUCCGGUUCAAUGAUACACAUAAACAUUUAAUGUUUUACGUUGGAGUACGAUUUUAUACAAAUAACUCCUCACAAGGUAACUCACCCUGUUUAACUUUUACUGGCAUCGUUAUAUUUGUUACCGCAAUUUAGGCUUAUUAUUGUUUUCGCUUUGUAUUGUUAUAGAAAAGUUUGAUAAACAAGUAACGAACA